AUGUUGAAGGAACUUAAAAUCUUGACGCCAAUUGGCAUGCUGGGCUAUUCAUACAAUAAAGAAACUUUCUGGAAGUCCAUUGAAGGGGGAGUUGAUGCAAUUAUUCUUGACAGUGGCUCAACUGACAGCGGUCCAUCUAAGCUUGCAUUGCGGAAAAGCAUUCAGACAAAUGAGGCAUAUGAGAAAGACCUGGAAGAAAUUGUUGCGGCAUGUCACCAUUAUAGGAUUCCAGUCAUGAUUGGAUCCGCUGGUGGUGAUGGGAGUACUCGAGGGGUAAAUCAAAUAGCAGACAUAGUUUUGUCCAUCAUUGAAGGCCGCGGUUACAGGCCCAUGAAAGUCAUCAAGAUCCUAGCGGAGAUUGAGAAAGACAUCGUACGAGACAAACACCGACAUGGACUGGUUCAUCCAUGUGGCAUUGCGGUUCCUGAUCUUGUCGAGGAAGAUAUUGAUCAAGCCCAGACGAUUGUUGCUCAGAUGGGCAUUGAGCCUUGGAUAAAGGCUAUGAAUGAAUAUCCAGAUUUUGACAUUAUCAUCGGGGGAAGAUCAUAUGAUCCAUCUCCAUACGCCGCCUUUUGUACAUGGAAAGGAUUCGUUGAUCUUGGAUUAAGUUAUCACAUGGGCAAGAUCAUGGAGUGUGGCGGUAUUUGCACAACACCAAAAUCUCGUGAAGCUCUUGCGACCAUACGACAUGAUUCUUUUGAUAUAACGCCAUUAGAUCCAAAAUCCACAUGCACAAGUGUUUCGGUUGCUGCGCAUACGCUCUACGAGAAGACCCGGCCAGAUAUUCUUGUAGGGCCUGGAGGUACUCUCGACCUUCAUUUAACGACAUACGAAGAGAUGGAUGACGGAAGAAGUGUUCGAGUUAGAGGUGCAAAAUUUAUCCCUGUCAAAGAGAAUGAAUACACCAUUAAGCUAGAAGCUGGCAAACUGAACGGCUUCUUCAGUGUUUUCAUGGGAGGUUUCCGGGAUACGGUGCUCAUAUCCCAAAUAGACACAUUUUUGGAAGGGAUGAAAACAUACGUCAAAGAUAAAAUCAAUUUCCCCUUUGAUAUCAACGUUCAACUAUUUGGCCGGGACGCGGUAAUGGGAGUCUUGGAGCCGGACUCGGGUCGGACGAACCAUGAACUUGGAAUCCUUCUCCGAGCACGUGCAGAAACUCAAGAGCAAGCGACACACGUAUCCCAAUCUGCUCGGGUAUACUGUAUGCAUGCCCCAUACCCAGGCCAGAGGGCAACUGCUGGAAACUUCGCCAUGCCGUGUGCGCCUCUUGAUAUUCCAAUGGGUCCUGUCUCGGAGUUUUGCAUGUACCAUCUCAUGAUGAUAUCCGACCCAUGCGAAUUUUUCCCUAUUAUUGCAACUAUUCUGGACGGCCCCAAUACAACACCCCAACGUGACUCUAUUGAGAGUGGAUUUCAGACCACUACAAAUAGUCAUAAACAAGCACACGUCAAACCGGACAUUGCGAACACGGCGAGUGCAAGUUCCCAACCGACCAAGACUACUGACACUAAAUCUAAUAGCAACAUGAGUGUCCUCAAAGAAGUCCCACCGGCAGGGUAUAGCUUCCUCGCGGACUUAGCUAGUGUUAUACGUAGCAAAAAUGCGGGCCCCUACGAAAUCACGUUUGAUGUGAUGUUCUCGACCGCGAAGGCUCGUGAUAUUGUCAAACGUGCGAACAUUUUGACCGUCGAAACAAUUUCUAGGCUAUACAAUGUUCCUGUGACUGAUGUUAUAACGUGUUUAUGGUGGGAUUCUGCCAUUGCUUUCAAAGCCACGAUCAAAAGGCCUAUCGUAAGCGGUUCAUUCCAUGAUGGCGAUUCUCAUGGAAGUGCUCAGCAUAUGCCACUAAUGUCAUUGCCAAUACCAGUUGAAAAACUGGAUAUUUGA